AGUUGACAUGUGUGAUAAAAUGAAGGAGGAGAGCAUGAGCUUGGCGAGGGAAGAGAAAGAAAGAUGAGAGAUGAGGAAGAAGAGAAAGCAGUGUUGGAACAAGUGUUCGGAUGUGAUUCGGAGAGCGAGAGCGAGAGCGAUUGCGAGCGGGAGUGGGAGUGGGAAUCCAUAGAAGAAGUGAAGGGCCUAUGGCUGUGCCCCAAUUUCCUCUCGACACGCCGCCAAUCACUCAUACUCUCAGCCAUCGAAGACGAAAAGUGGUUCCCCAACCCCUCCAUCAACCAGGCCAUGCGCUUCGGACUCCAACACCUCCCUUCCUGGGCCCUCCCCCUGGCCCACACCAUUCGGCGCUCGGCCCAGGCCCACCAGCCGCCGCCCUUGCCGGGGCACAUCCUCCGCAGAGAACCCCUCUUCGACCAGAUGAUAGCCAACGUGUACGAGGCGGGCGAAGGCAUAUGCCCCCACGUUGACCUCUUGCGCUUCCACGACGGCAUCGCAAUCCUGUCCCUGGAGUCUUCCUGCGUCAUGCACUUCACUUCCGAUGCUUCUUCCGUUCCCGUUUUGCUCACGCCGGGUUCCUUGAUUCUCAUGUCCGGAGAAGCCAGGUACCUGUGGAAACACCAGAUUAAUCGCACCACGCCAGGGUUUCAGAUAUGGAAGGGACAACAAUUGACUCAAUCCAAACGCACCUCUAUUACCCUAAGGAAACUCCAAUUUCAAUAAUUCUAAUACUACUACUCCCCUUUCUUCACUUCCUAAGCUCCUCCUCUCAUCCUCCCAUUAGAGACCACCUUCUGCUAUGCUACCCUUCAAUUGAACACUAUUUUUCAUUCAUAAUAUCUUCUAUACACUUGUACCCUUAAUUCAAAUCACGUCAAUCUUAAUAUCUAUGUUUAAAAUCUAUAAUACAAGUCUUCAUUUCAUUUCA